AUGAGCUCUAUGCAGCAGGUAAACCCGAAGGUCCGUGGGAUCAGAAACAUUGUGAACCUGCAGGGUCUCGCUGCACAGAUCACUCAACAGAUUGCAAAGGGUGAGCAGAAACCUUUUCAGAGGGUGAUUGAUGUCAGCUCAGGAGAUCCCCAUAGGACAGGGAUGCGCCCACUCUCGUUUGCUCGCCAGGUCUUGGCAGCUUGUUUGUACCCUGAGCUUCUUAAGGACAACAGUUUUCCUUCAGAUGUUCGCCAGAGGGCGCAGAAGCUGCUGGGUGUCUGUAAUGGAGGCAGCGUUGGCUCAUACUCUGCCUCUUCCUGUGGGAUACCUCAAAUCCAGAGAAGCAUUGCAGAGUUUAUCACAAGGAGAGAUGGCGGUGUGGCUUCAGAUCCAGAGGACAUCAUCUUCUCCAGCGGUUCACAGACAACCUUAAUGUUGGUUCUACACUUGAUGUCUAGUGGACAGGGGCCCACUCAGGCAGGUGUGCUGACCCCCUUGCCAUGUCCACACACCCUGCCCAUGCUGCUGGAUGAGGCUGCCAUCAAACUGAUACCAUACCAGCUGCUGGAGGAGCAAGGUUGGGCCUUAGAGCUGGAAGAGCUGCAACGAGCUCUGAGGGCCGCCAAGGGGCAUUGUGAGCCCAGAGCUAUUUACAUAAGUAACCCUGGAAACCCCACAGGUCAUGUACAAGACCUUAAAACUAUAGAAGGAGUGAUUCGGUUUGCUGCAUCAGAGCAGCUCCUUCUUUUAGUUGAAGAGGUGUACCAGGACAGUGUGUUUGGACAGGAGCAAAAGUUUCUUUCUUACAAAAAGGUCCUUUUUGACAUGGGACCUAAAUACUCAGACAAAGUAGAGAUGGUGUCGUUCCACUCAAUAUCCAAUGGCAUCCUGGGAGAGUGUGGUCUGAGAGGAGGCUAUAUGGAGGUCAUCAACAUGGACCCACUGGUCAAAAGCUUUCUAAUGAGUAUGCAGGCUCCUUACAGCCCUCCAGUUUUACCACAGCUGGCAUUGGAAAUCAUGGUUAAUCCACCAUCACCUGGAGAUGAUUCACAUGAAGUGUACUCUCAGGAGGUUCUCCAGAGAGCAGAGAUUAUCUCCCAGAAUGCUCGGCGAGGAUGCGAGUUUCUCAACAACAUAGCAGGGAUGAGCUGCCAACCGGUGAUGGGAGGAGUAUUCCUUUAUCCUAGUCUGCAGUUACCUGUUGAAUUCAUACAGCAGGCUGAGGUGUUAGGAAUGCAAGCUGAUGUUUUGUACUGUCAGAAGCUACUGGAGCAGGAAGGUGUUUGUUUGGGUCCCGGCUCUGAGAACGGCCAUGACGAUAAAAACUUUCACAUUAGACUUUGUGUUUUAGCUCCGCCUGCAGUCCUAGAAGACGUCCUGCAACGUCUGUCUUCGUUUCAUUUGCGCAUCCAGGAGAGACACCACUGACAGGAAU